AUGGCCGCGCAACAUCCGCAACGCCUGGGAAAUCUGAAGGGUUACGACCCCGAACAACGAGCCGAAUACAACAUCGUCUCUACCGCCUUCCCUCUCGUUAUCGCCACGGCCGGAUUCAUGCACACGGGUGCUCAAAUUACCCGCCGGAUCAAGCAGAGGUAUCUCGAAGCAGUAUUGAGGCAACACCUGGUCACCUUUGACGCUACGGGUACCGGUGAGAUUCUCUCCCGGCUCAACGCCGACUCGAACUCUACUCAAGAUGCUCUUUCGUCUAAACCCUCCUUGACCAUCAGCACUAUGGGUACUCUAGUGGCCACCAUCAUUGCCAUGGUCCGAUACAGCGCUCAUUCGCUCACAGAAUCCUCGGCGGUCACCUCCAUUGUCGAGUCUUUAACCUCCCUCAACGUGGGCAAAUACCGACAGUGCAUCGGUUUGGUGAACCAAGAUCUUACCUUGUAUAAUUGA